AUGGCCUCCGACCAGUCGCCCAAGCGCAGGAAGCUCGACAGCACCGCCGACCCUGGAGAGGAGUCGGACGGAUAUGUGCCCUACGUGCCCGUCAAGAAGCGGAAGGAGGCCGAGCUCAACAAGCUGCUCGACAAGAAACUGAGCCGCAAGGAGGCCCAGGUGGUGAAGCGCAAGCAGGCCGAGCUCGACGCGUUCAAGACGGAGGCGCAGAAGAAGCUCGAGGAGGAACACAAGGUGAUCGAGGCCAUCGCGGCGCAGAAGAAGAAGCUCGGGGGCGCCCAGGAGCUGGCCAAGGGCGUCGAAUACACCCAGUCCAUGAAGACCAGCUGGAGCCCCCCCGCCUACAUCCGCAACCGCACCGCUCAGGAAAACUCAAGGCUUAGGGAGCGCCUCGGCAUCCUGGUCGAGGGCCUCCACUGUCCCCCGCCCAUCGAGCACUUCCAGGACAUGCGUCUGCCCGCACCCGUGCUCAGGUAUCUCAAGGAGAAGAAGAUCAAGCUGCCCACGCCCAUCCAGCUCCAGGGCCUCCCCGUCGCCCUCUCCGGACGAGACAUGAUCGGGAUCGCAUUCACCGGCUCCGGCAAGACGCUCGCCUUCUCCCUGCCCCUCCUGCUCCUCGCCUUGGAGGCCGAGAUGAAGCUGCCGUUCAUCCAGGGCGAGGGCCCGGUGGGGAUCAUCGUCUGUCCAUCGCGCGAGCUGGCCCGACAGACCUACGAAGGCCUAGUGGCCAUGGCCCUCGCCUGCGCCCAGUCGGGCAAAUACCCCCAGCUGGGCACCCUGCUCUGCAUCGGCGGCAUCUCGAUGGCCGACCAAUCCCACGUGAUGUCCAAAGGCUUCCACAUCGUCGUCGCCACCCCGGGCCGGCUGCAGGACAUGCUCGAGAAGCGCAAGUUCAACCUCGACAACUGCACCUAUCUGUGUCUCGACGAGGCCGACCGGAUGGUCGACAUGGGCUUCGAGGACGACGUGCGCAACAUCAUGAGCUUCUUCAAGCGCCAGAGACAGACCCUCCUCUUCUCCGCUACCAUGCCCAAGACGAUCAGAGACUUCGCCGAGAACAGUCUCGUCAAUCCCGUUGUCGUCAACGUCGGCAGAGCCGGGGCCGCUAACCUCGACGUCAUCCAGGAGGUCGAAUACGUCAAGCAAGAGGCUAAGAUGGUCUACCUCCUCGAAUGUCUCCAGAAAACCCCCCCGCCCGUCAUCAUCUUCAGUGACAACAAGAACGAAGUCGAUGAUAUCCAGGAAUACUUGCUCCUCAAAGGGGUCGAAGCCGUCGCCAUUCACGGAAGCAAAACGCAAGAAGAGCGAGAGUAUGCGAUCAAAUCGUUCAAGUCAGGCAAGAAGGAUGUGAUGGUAGCCUCGGGGGUAGCCUCGAAGGGCCUAGACUUUGCCGAGAUCCAGCACGUGAUCAACUUCACGAUGCCGGGAGAGAUCGAGAACUAUGUGCACCAGAUCGGCCGGACGGGGCGCUCGGGAAAGACGGGGAUCGCGACCACCUUCAUCAACAUGAACUCGCCCGAGCCCACCCUGCUCGACCUCAAGUAUCUGCUGCUCGAGGCCAAGCAAAGGAUCCCCCACUUCCUCCAGACCAUCGAGGACCCCAACGCCGGCGCUAACGCCGCCGCUAACGGCUGCCAGUUCUGCGGCGGGCUCGGCCACUCCGCUCUCAACUGUCCCAAGCGCGAAGACUCCCAACGGAGGGAACGCGCCGGCCACCAUCGGGAAGACGGCGCCGGCGGAGGCUACUGA